GUGCGGUCAGUUCCACAGCGACUCAAGACACGAUCGGAUCGCGCUUCGUCCUCACGGCUUCACCCUCUAAAUUCUAUGUUGGUGUCCGCGCCUCUUGGAGUUUUUAGGACGAUUUAUUUAACAAAAAAAUUUCAAAGAAAACAAUUCCCAGAGUGCCAGUGAAUUUUGGGAGCUUUUUCUUGUGAUUUAAGUAAAGUCCAAGACGCUUUUUUUGGGAAUAUUUUUUCGCGGGGUGGUGCAGAUAAAUAAAUUUAAAAAAAAACGAAGGCAAUCCGUGGAAACCUUCAGUGUCAGAAAAUUCAAUGGAUUAUUAAUUUCUUUCUGUGAUCAUCGUGUGGCCAUCACAUUUCUACUCACCUUCCUCAAGUUUUCGGGAGAGAGAAAAAUUUCACGCAAUUCAGUGGGUUUCGUUCGCAGCAAAAACCACCGAGGAAUUGCUGAAGAGACAUUCUAUUAUAUUGAAUAUAAUAAUAUAUUUGUUGUUUUAUAUUUAUUGUGUCAGCAUUUGCAAAUAUUUAGGUGCCUCCCAAAAAUGGUUGUCGUCCAGGAAAUGGGAUACAUAGAUCGGAUUAUUCACUUCUUUGUUGUGAAUCAAGAUCCCCGCACCAAAGAUUGGUUUCUUUCGGGUUCAGUGGGGCCACUAUUCACAAUCUUGAUCACCUACCUGUAUUUUUGCAUCUAUGCGGGGCCACGAUUUAUGAAAGAUCGCAAGCCGCUGCAGCUGAAGAACACACUCAUAAUCUACAAUGCCAUUCAAGUGCUUCUCAGUGUUUGGCUCGUCUGGGAGGGUCUCGAAGGUGGAUGGCGGCAGCACUACAACUUCCGGUGUCAACCCGUUGACUACAGCAGGAACCCAACGGCAAUGAGGAUGGCACGUGCCGUCUGGGCGUACUACAUGUGCAAAUUGAUAGAACUUCUGGACACGGUUUUCUUCGUGCUGCGCAAGAAGCAGAACCAAAUUUCCUUCCUGCAUCUCUACCAUCACACCCUCAUGCCCGUUUGUGCCUUCAUCGGACUGAAAUACUUUGCCGGUGGACACGGAACCCUCUUGGGGCUCAUAAAUUCCUUCAUCCAUGUGAUAAUGUACAUCUACUACAUGCUUGCCGCAAUGGGGCCAGAGGUCCAGAAGCAUCUGUGGUGGAAGAAAUACCUGACAACACUGCAAAUUAUCCAAUUCCUCAUCGUCUUCAUUCACACCAUCCAAGUGCAAUUCCAGCCAAAUUGCAACUUCUCCAAAGGCAUCGCGGCGCUCCUCACCAUCAAUGCGGGUCUCUUCACCUACAUGUUCAGCUCAUUCUACAUCCGGAACUACACAAAGAACCGCUCCAAGGGCGCCCUGGAUGCCAAACUCAAAGCGCAGGAGCUCAAUCACAACGACGUGAGCAAGUGCUCGCUGGAGGUGAACGGGAAGGCGAAGCUCCAGGAAGAUUUCUACCCCACACCCGCCUCACCCAUCUACGAGAAGCUCAAACAGAAUGGCCACAUACCGGAUAUGAAGAAGAAAGCCUAACGACCGUUGCAACGCCUAAGAACUUUUGCUUUCUAAAUUUCUUUUAUAUUGUUAAGCUAGAGAGUUUUUUUUGUUGUAAUUUUAGAAGGGAAAAGAGAUGAUUUUAUUAAAAAAAGAAAAAAAGAAAAAUGUUGCUGUGAAAAGCCUCCCAUGUGUAGGAUUUAGAGCAAUAUGUGUUUUCCAUGUAAUAAUUUUAUAAAUAAUUUUAGUUAUGAAACGAAGGGGUUCAGUCAGUGGCUGAUGGCUUUCCCGAAGAGCUUUAUAAAUAACUUACAAUUUUAGCGGGAAUUUAAGCACUAACGGUUGCUCAAUGUUUGAAGGAAUAAAGAAUGUAAAAAAAUUGUUAAGAAAACAUUGGAAAGAAUUUGAAAAAAGAAAAACUUCUUAUUUUAGAAUGAAAAAUUAUUAAAAGAAAUUAUAUAAUUUUAUAAAAAUUUCCCUGAAAGGUUAUUUAAAAUUUCAAAAGAAAUUAAUCAUUAGAAGAUUCAAAAAAAAUUGUCAAAAGUUUAAAGUUAAUGCCGAAAAUUUUAAUUUUCAAAAAAUAAAAAAAUAUUCUUCAUAGGUAUUUAACUUUUUCAAAAUCUUGAUACAAGAAUUAAAAGUUAUGGCUAAAUCAAAGCAAAUUAUUUUUAAAUAUUCACAAAAAAAUUUUUAAAAAAAGUAUUUUCAAAAACGAAAGAAAAGCUCGAAAUAUUUUAUUAAAAAUUGAGAUAAAAUAUUUGCAGAUGCCGCCGAAAAGCGAAAAAACUCCCUAAUUACCCUUUUAAAAAAAUCCUUUAAAUACCUAAAAAAAAAACAAAAAAAAAUACAUAAAAUUUUUUUAAAAUAAAUCCUAAAAAUUCAUUCAAAUUCCUUGCCCAGUGAGCAACCUUUUAGUUCACAUCACUCGAUCAUUUCGAGGCACUUCUUCGUAUAAAGAAAAUAAAACAUAUUUUUAGG